AUGGCGCGACGAGCAAGGAGGGCUCGUCUCCUAGCCUCACUAGUAGAAGCUUUCUAUAUCAUCCUCGCAGUUUCCCCGGUAGCAAGUGACAUGACAGACAACCUUGACCUACUAUGGGGCAACACACAGGUAGAGUACGAUAGCAGCGGCCGCCAAACCGUUUCCCUGUCCCUCGACCGCUGGACGACCUCUGCAUUCCGCUCCAAGAGCAUGCACCUCUUCGGGAGGUUCGACAUGGACAUCAAGCUCGUCCCCAGAGACUCGGCCGGCACCAUCACCACGCUCUAUAUGCUGACAGAGGGGCCAUGGGAAGAACACGAUGAGGUCGACCUCGAAUUCCUGGGCAACAGCUCCGGCGAGCCAUACACCUUGCACACAAACAUUUACGCCAGGGGAAGAGGCGGCCGGGAGAAGCAGUACCGGCUUUGGUUUGAUCCCACUCAAGAUUUCCACACCUACUCCAUCCUCUGGAACCCAAAGGAGAUACUGAUACUUGUCGAUGGCACGCCGGUCCGGCAGAUGAAGAACCAACAAAGAAAAGAUAUCCCUUUCCCGCUGUACCAGCCAAUGAGGCUGUACAGCAGCAUCUGGAACGCCGAGGACUGGGCGACGCAGGGUGGGCGCGUCAAGACCGACUGGUCCCAGGCGCCGUUCACCUCGCUCUUCCGGAACUACAGCGCCGUUUCCUGCGUCUCGCAGAAGACCGCCUGGAUCUGUGGCCGAGGUUCCAGUGACAGCAGCUGGUUCACCCACGUCUUGGAUGAAGUGGGGCAACGGAAGCUCAUGGAGGUGGACGAGAAACACAAGAUUUAUGAUUACUGCGUUGACUCGAGGAGGUACCCUAAUGGGUAUCCCCCAGAGUGUGGGUCACAGUAGUAGACUAGUAGGAGUGGUUAUUAUAGUGGUUACAAAGAGGGAAAUGAGUAUCAAAUGAUUCGGUCAGUUAGCUCUUUCCUAGUUUGAAUAGUACCAAGAGGGAAAGGGGUAUGUAUUACAUGCUGAGGCUUCUUCACAUAGGCAUGGUAGUAUGUCCUAGAAAAGUAGUCCAUUUAUUCGAUUGAUGGUGAUUGGUGAGAGGCAUUGUAAGAGGGACAAUAUUAACUAGUACUAGUAAUACAUUUUUUAAGUUUUUA